UUGUGAUUUUGAGUCAGGCCGAGCGCAGUUCUAUCCAUUGUAAAUCCUCCUCAUCUUCCGGACAGUGUGCUUCUCAGUUAAGCGUUAGCACUCACUCGAGCCAACAGUUCACAAAAACUGCUGUAUUUUACGGGACAUUCCCUCGUGGGAUUCGUGCUUUCGAAGGGCUGCUUACUGUCACGAUUUCGUUCGGACUGUUCUUUUAGUUAACAGGACUUUUGGUUGUUUAGCAAUUUUCGUCCCUGACAACAAGUUUUAUUGAGCUAGCAUGGAAAAUUGUGCAUUUUAUUUCAUUUGAGACAUCUACGAGAAUUUGUUGUGUGGAGACCAUAAAUUGUGAACCGGACUUUGCUGAGUGAGAGGAGUUUCCCUAGAUAGAGCUGUGCUUUUCUGCCUUUUAUUUAAAUUGUGAGAUUAUUAGGACUAAAUUGGUUUAAUCAUGUCGGGUUUUAACCAACUUAUUAGUUUAAAAAAAUCAUAAGGCUGGAGUAUAUUUGCUGAAAAACUAUCAAGAAAGACAGUUCAUUCUUUCGGAUUUCUGGGAAUCAGAAAAGUGAAACUUUCAAGAGAAAAUAGGAUCUUCAGGCCAGAGAAUUUAACCUGAUAUCGCUGCUUAGGAUUGUUCUUCAAAAAAAGCUACAGAUAUGAUGGAAAAAUUAGGAGGCGCAGCGUUUGUUCCAAAUCCACUGAAAUCUCCUGCAUUAAUGGUUCUAGCUUCAACUGCAGAUGCCACAAGAUCUUCAGAUUCAUCUCCUGGCUCAAUAAAUGAUUACCACCCAGUGUAUUCAUCUCCAAAUAGUGCGUACUUGGACAGUAAUGCAGUUCAUCGCAUGGUUUUGAGCUCUUCUCCCUACCAACACAGAGCAUCACAUCUUUCCUUGUACCACAGCCAAGGCGGUGAUCCAUACCUAGAAAGAGUCUCUCCGGAUUAUAGCCCACACUUUUUUCAGCUUCAUCCCCACUUGAGCCCUGGACUACUUCACAAGGCCAGUGGACCUACCGCAGUAUUCAACAGUGCAAGUGCAUUUCGUCGAAUCAACCCGCAUGAGCAUAGUUUCUCAUUCCACCACCUGCAGCAACAGAGGGGUCUGCUUGAGAGGGAGCGGGGAUUUGAGAGUAUCUAUCACCAUAAGGGGGUGAACUUAGAACUAGAGAGAGAAAGAAUGAGCAGUAAAGAAAGAGUUUCCCCCAAGAAACUAGACAGAGAACCAGUGUAUCAAAAUGGAGAGCAUUCUGCAAGCCCUAGCCCACGAAGCACACACUCAAAUGACAACAGCGAUAUUGGGGGCACAUUUGAAGGAGCAGUUAAAGUGAAAACAGAACAAAAUGAGUCCACUGAAUGUUGUAACCGACAAAGGGAGGAAACUCUAAAGGAGAGACCAAAAAGAAAAUUGUCAGCAGGACACACCCCGUCCUGCCCCAUUUGUGGAUUAACGAUUCGAGCAGGAGAGAUGCAGAGCCACCUUGCGUGGGAGAUUGAACGGCUUGGUGAAGAUACGAGAAAGACAAGAAGAAGUCAACGAGAAGCUGCUGCCCAAGCGAGAAAGAUGGUUCACUCACAGACAGUAAAUAAGAGAAUCAAACAAGAGGGCCAACAGCCUAACAUUCCUAACGACGACACCCCUGCCAGUACAAGACAUCAAACUUAUUUACGAGUUUGUGCAAACAGAAUGGCAAGGCAAGGUCGGUCCUCUGCUAAAUCUACUCGAUCAAGAAGUGCUCAAAGCUCACCCAUUAACCCUGUUGUCUACCAUGAUAACCAUGACGUGGGUACCUCUGGUGUCAAAUCGGCUACCUGCCCUGUAUGCGAGUCAGUCAUUCAUGGCAGUGGAGAAGAGCUGAACGCACAUGUGGAGUCAUGCCUUAGAAAGAGGGGUGAGGCAUCUGAUGAGGUGAACGGCCAGACAUCUUCGUUUGAAGAGUACGAGUGGGCGGGCCAGACCAGAAUCCGAGCAACAUCCCUCCUAGAGGGAGGCUUCAAAGCAUCUGGAUUCCAGACAGGAAUCAAGAGGAAGAUCAAUGAAGAAGAUGAUGCCGACCUCAAUAUCGAUGGAGAUGACAGCGAGGAAUUUGGCAAACCACAGUAUAGCGAGAGCGAUGUUAUCCCCUGCAGUGCUGAUGAACCGGGUGAAGAUCGUGCACGACAAGCCUUGAGAGGAGCUGUGCUAAGCUGUGAGAACUCUCCUGCCUCUAGAAACACAGAUACUCCCCCUCGAACACGUUGGUCUGAAGAUGAAAGAGAAAACGGGCAUGCAGAAGAGAAGACAACAGAAGAGAAGGAUAAGUCAGACAAGGAUGCAAGUGAUCCCGGAGUAGUCAUCAACUCCUUAAAAAGCAAGGUGAAAGACUUGGAGAAGCAGUCCGUCACAGAAAAAGUCAAGUGCCUUAUUUGCAUGGAACCAUACACAGUUCCUCUGGUAUCCAUCUCCUGUUGGCAUGUGCACUGUGAAGAAUGCUGGCUGAGGACCCUGGGCGCUAAGAAGCUUUGCCCCCAGUGCAACAUGAUCACAUCUCCAAACGACCUGCGCAAAAUCUACCUCUGAAAUCGGCGCCAGAACGAGUCAUAGAGUCGGAUCUCUUUGAGAGAAAGGAUAUCAGGGUUAGGUCUGUCAGGGAGAAACAGGAACACACACACGUGAAUGAGGCGGCUACAGUAAACUGAGGUGUUAAUCAUGCCAGGUUAUUAUGUGAACAGUCACGUAAACGAAGAUACCGCGCAGUGCAAAUCAUGUGGCCUGCGCCAUCAUGUGAUCAUCACGUGAUCCUUGUCAUUACAUUGACAGUCACGUAAAAGGAGUAAAUCGAGCAGGUGCAAAUAACUUGACCUGUCUUAUGACGUAAACGGUCCCCUGAAUGGGGCUAUCACGUUAGCUGAGUGACUCAGUCGGAAUGAUGCCGCACAAAAUACGGCCUCGGCGGAAGACACAAACCAGCACAGCAAUCAAAAUAUUUAUUGUCAAUUUAGACGGAAUUCUAGACCUCUCAAUCAUGUCUAAAUAAAUCUGGAGUCCUCAGAGUUCCAAGCGAGUCGUGAAGACAGCGCUAACAAAAGUACCUCUUUAUUGGCAGAGCCGUUACUGACAACGCCGUUGUCAGCAGUUAUAUUUUAAUUUCCUACCAUAAUUUUAAUAUUAGAAUCAUUCAUGAUCACCAGUGAUGAGGGAUCUUGUAUAAAUUAGAACUUGUAUUUAAUAUGUACGGUGGCCUUCAUGUUUUGAGAGUUAUUUGUAUGUUUUCCUGCAUUGUUUUGUCAUGGGCGUGGAAUGGGGUCCCUGUUCUGAAACGUCAGGCUUUUCUUCUAUUGAAAAUUUUUAUUUCUUUUUUUUUAAAGGCUAUCUAGUUGGACAUAGGCUAAUACACAUUUGUUUGUCAAUGGUUAAAAAUGCGUUAGCUGCUGUAAAUAGUAGAAAUUGUGUGUUGUAAAUAAGACAGAAAAUAAAACUUAUGGAAUCUCAA